AUGGCCCCCACUACUCAGAAAGCUCUCUUCCUUCUGGAUGAACACAGUCACCAGUGGGUCAUCCGCGAGCGACCCGUGCCCACUCCUGGCCCGAAAGACCUUCUCAUCAAGAUCACUGCCACCGCGCUCAACCCUGUAGACUGGAAGAUCCAGUUGCUCGGCUACUUUGUGAAGGACUUCCCCUACGUUGGCGGUACGGACGCCGCCGGGAUCGUCGAGGAGGUCGGUUCGGAAGUCACGAACUUCGCGAAAGGAGACAGAAUCCUCUUUCAAGGGUGGUUCGACAAUCCGAGAGCUACCUUCCAACACUAUGCUAUCGUCGCGGCUGAGAUUGCGGCGAAGAUUCCGAAUAAUAUCUCUACAGAUGAAGCGGCCACAGUCCCUCUCGCUCUCGCUACUGUCGUGACCGGUCUCUACAACCAUAACCCACAGGCCAAAUCCAUCAGCGUCGGUUUCCCUGCUCCUUGGGAAGAAGGCGGUAUCACCAAGUUCGCCGAAAAGCCCGUCUUUAUUAUCGGUGGCGCGUCUUCCGUCGGCCAGUACGCUAUUCAAGUCACGAAGCUUUCCGGGUUCUCGCCCAUCAUCGCAACUGCUUCCCUCCGCCACGAGGCAUUCUUGAAGUCUCUCGGCGCGACACAUGUCAUUGACCGCACGCUCCCAGCAGCCGCGAUCCAGGCUGAAGUUUCCAGGAUCGCAGGGGGAAAGCCCGUCGAGCUCGUCUACGACGCGAUCUCUCUCGCAGACACGCAGCCACUCGCGUACGACGUCCUCGCGCCCGGCGGGUACCUCGUCCUGUCCCUCCCCGACAUCAUCCCCGCGAAGAAAGCGGGCGACAACAAGACGAUCGUCGCCACGUUUGGAAACGUGCAGACUCCGGAGAACAGGGAGGUCGGUGUCGCGCUGUACAGUCGGCUCACGGAGUGGCUCGAGACCGGGAAGGUUGUGCCCAACCGUGUCGAGGUCGUUCCUAAUGGCCUCGCAGGCAUCAUCGACGGCCUCGAGCGCAUGAAGAACGACCAGGUGAGCGGGACGAAGCUCGUCGCUCAUCCACAAGAGACCCUGUAA